AUGCCACCCCCAUCCAGCCCCACACCUCCACCGCACCCCCAUUCACCCGGCAAACUCCUCAUACUCAACGGCUUCCCUGGCACCGGCAAGCUCACCAUCCUCACUAAACUCAAAGAUCACCUGCCCGUAGCGACAACCUGCCUCCUGGACAACCACCUCCUGAUCGAUCCCGUGGAAGCCGUGCUCCCCGGCCGCAGCCCCGCACACCACGCGCUGCGCCGGCAGGUGCGAGACCCGAUAUUCGCACACCUGGCGCGGCGCGUGCGCGAGGGGCAUACCGUGCUCAUGACCGCGUGUCUCGUUGAGGAUAACGAUACAGAUCGCGGCGUGCUGCAGGAGUAUCUUGAUAUCGUGCGUGGCGGUGGGACGUUGUUCUGGGUCUCGGCGCGCUGCGAUGCGGAGACGCUGGAGCGGCGCGUAGGGAGCGUUGAGAGGGUUCAGGGGGGCAGGGCGAAGUUGACGGAUUGGAGGGUUCUGAGGGAGUUGGUGCGGGUGCAUCGGCUUAUCGAGCCUGGGGGGAGUGCUGGGGAAGGGGUGAGAGUGGUGGAGGAGGAGCUUGAUGCGAGUAGGUCGGUGGAUUGCUCUGUUGGCUUUCUUUUGGGAGUUCUGGGUCUCCUGGGAAGUGGAGGGUAGCUGGCUGCAGUGCGAUCGACUUAUUGAUGGUGGAUAUCAUAGCUCAAGCUUGUGGUUUGAUGUCAGUCAAUCGAUCUUCAGAUAUUUAACACAAGAAGCACUGGAAUUUCUAGGCAUAGAACAGAGCAUCUUUUAUAUACCUAGCUCAAUAAAGUUAAUAGUUACUAGAAUAACAAAAUACACACGUAGUACCCUAGUCCCUUACUGGUCUCUUACAUAGAUGCCUGAAUUCUGGCUCUGCUAAAGAAAACAGGCAGGAAUUGUUCCACGACCUAGGACUUUGUGGGCGGAAUUAUAGGCUAUAUUUUACUUGCUUUCCGGAACAUGAGCACACUCGGUAAAUUUAUUGUCUGCUGGUUGGAACGCAC